AUGGCAGACAACAAAGAGACGGUCUCGUCGACGCCUGAUCCUGCGAUUGGCCUUGACUCUGAUCCAAGCAAGACGCAUGCUUCGGUUAUUGACCAUGCGCGUUCUGCUGCUCAGAAGGAACAGAAGAUGACCCUCAUGCAGGGCAUCAAGCUGUAUCCCAAGGCUGUUUUUUGGAGUUUGUUCAUUUCUACUUGCAUUGUUAUGGAAGGCUACGAUGUUAGUCUCGUAAACAACUUUUAUGCCUUCCCUCAGUUCAACAGAAAGUAUGGCCAUCUCACCAAGAAUGGCGAUUACCAAGUCUCGGCCGCGUGGCAGGCUGGUCUGAGCAACGGUGCCAACUGUGGUUCCAUCAUUGGUCUGCUCAUCAACGGUUGGGCAUCUGAAAAGUUCGGCUACCGCUUCACCGUCAUGGCGUGUCUCGUCUGGCUGUCAGGAUUCAUCACUCUGUUCUUCACGGCACAGAACGUGCAAACCCUGUUGGCUGCUGAAAUCCUCUGUGGUAUUCCAUGGGGCAUUUUCCAGACCAUCUGCAUUACAUAUGCCUCCGAAGUGUGCCCCGUCGCCCUUCGAGGAUAUCUCACGACAUAUGUCAACUUUUGCUGGGGACUCGGUCAAGAGAUCGGCAUCGGAGUCAUUCAUUCCAUGAUUGACCGAGAUGAUCAGUGGGCUUACAGAAUUCCUUAUGGCCUCCAAUGGAUGUGGCCUCUGCCUCUCUUUAUCGGUAUUUGGUUUGCUCCCGAGUCUCCUUGGUGGCUUGUACGCAGAGGCCGUGUCCAAGACGCCAAAAAGUCCUUGCUGAGACUCACAAGUCUUGAUCGAGAGACAGAUUUCGAUGCAGAUGAAACCGUUGCCAUGAUGGUUCACACGACAGCUCUAGAGGAAAAGGUCACAGCGGGUUCAUCCUAUCUCGACUGCUUCAAGGGCGUUGACCUUCGCCGUACAGAGAUUGUCUGUAUGUGCUGGGCUAUGCAAAACCUUAGCGGUAACUCAUUCUCCAACUAUUCAACAUACUUCCUGGAGCAGGCUGGUUUGUCGACGAGACAUGCCUACUCCUUUGCCCUCGGUCAAUAUGCCAUCAACAUGGUUGGCGUUUUUGGUGCCUGGGCGCUGAUGACUGCCGGAGUCGGCCGCAGGACUCUGUACCUGUAUGGUCUUUGUGGCUUGUUCUCGAUGCUCCUCAUCCUUGGCUUCCUGGGUGUUGUGCCCGAGUCCAGCAGAGAUAAGGCGUCAUUGGCGACUGGAAGCAUCAUGAUUGUUUGGGCUCUUUGCUAUCAGCUGUCUGUUGGUACUGUCUGUUAUUCUUUGGUCGGCGAGCUGUCAUCGCGACGACUUCAGAUCAAGACUGUUGCCCUCGGUCGAAUCCUUUACAAUAUCGUCAGCAUCAUCAACGCCGUCCUGGUUCCUUACAUGCUCAAUCCCACUGCUUGGGACUGGGGCAACUUUGCUGGUUUCUUCUGGGCCGGUAUUUGCUUUCUUUGCAUUGUCUACACCUUCUUCCGACUGCCUGAGCCUAAUGGCCGGUCCUUCGCCGAGCUGGAUGUGCUGUUUGAGAAGCGUAUCAGCGCCAGAAAGUUUGCCUCAACUGAGGUCGAUGUGUUCCAUGAGGUGGUGGAAGAAAAGGUCAUGGAUCAGUAUGAAAAGGCUGAGGAGAGGAUUGAGAGGGCUGAUGAGAAAGCUUGA